UUUUUCAAUGUUUACAUCGUUUACAUGUUUUCUUUCUUUUUUAUUAUUAAACAUUUAAUUAUAAUUAUUAGCUAUUCAUCAAAGAUAUAAUUGAAAACUAGGAAACUUUUAGUGUCAAGGAAUAUUAUUUAAAAGUUGUUCUCGUUUUAUUUAAUUUUAUUAUAUUAGAAUUAUUGCGGAGAAAAUCGAGAAAAUAUUCCAAGAUAUACAAAAUGGAUUUGAUUUUUGUAUUUUGAAUACAGAUUUUGUAUUCUAUUUUUUGUUUUAAAUUAAGAAUGCGACAAAUCAAAAUGCCCCGGACCAUUGGGUUAUUACAUGGAUUUAAAUUGUAAACCAAUUUAUAAAAAUCCUGGCGAUUGUUGCGCUAUUAAAUAUGAUUGCUCUCAUUUAAAGGAAAGAUCAAAGAAAAAAUGUUAUGCUAAUGGCAAUGUUUAUGAAAUUGGAGUAAAAUUGAAAGACAACGAUGCAUUACCUUGUGAUAUUGGUUGUACUUGCGUUAUAGGAUACGAUGGAAUAGCUUCAUUUAAUUGCGCCAUUGUUGAUUGCUUUCAUGGACCAGUAAAACCAGGUUGUUAUCUGGAUAACACCGCAAGUCAUUGUUGUCCUGGUGAAGAAAUUUGUCCUGAAAAUCCUGAAGAUCGAGCAACUUGUCUCGUUGAUGGGAAAUCAUACAAAGCAGGUGAAUACUUUCAACCAAAAGACAAACCAACAACAACCUGCUAUUGUAAACCUGGUUAUAAAGGAGAAAAUAUUGAACCAUUUUGUUACACUCCCAAGUACAGUUAUUGUCGACCCGAUUUCAGACACAGUUCCGAAAUUCACAAAAAUUGUGUCCCUGUUUAUUAUGAUCAACAAUCGCCUCAAACAUCGUGCAGUGUUUUUUCCAGAUGUCAAAACAGUAACGAUACACUUAUUUCACGUCCUGAAACUCGAAAAGGUCCCGACAGUGACAAAACCAAUACUUGCAUAUUUGGAAAUAUUGUCAUGAAAAUCGGCGAUGAAUUGAAUCAAGCGACGGAUUAUAGUUCCGUUUGUGUAAAAUGCACAUGUGAAGUUCCUCCACUUCCAACUUGUCAACGUCUUUCUGAUGACGAAUGUGACGUCACUAAACAUCCACCUUUUCAUACUUUUCAUUAAACAGAAAAUUAUCCGAAAGAAAUAAUUUUCCAUUUCCGUUUUAUUUUAAAAAUGGAAUUUAAAUUUAUUGUUUUCGAAAAAUAAAUAUUUGUUUAAAGAUA